CAUCUUUUUCUGUAAAAUCGCUUCUUUAUGUCACCACCUUCCCACCUCCUUUUGGUAAUGUAAAAGAAGAGAGUAGAAAAUGUUUUUUCUUUGGAAUUUGAUUGGCUUUCUCGUGUUGGGUUUUCAUCGAUAUGGCAGAUUGGUUUUCGGGUAUGCGUACCCAGCAUUCCAGUGUUACAAAGUGGUGGAGAAGAACAGGGUGCAGAUUGAGGAACUCAGGCAUUGGUGUCAAUACUGGAUCAUCCUGGCGAUGUUCACGGUCCUGGAAAGGAUUGCCGAUGUGUUGAUCUCAUGGCUUCCGAUGUAUUGGGAGCUGAAGCUCGGUUUCAUCAUCUACUUGUGGCAUCCAAAAACCAAGGGAACUGGGUACGUUUACGACGCGCUGCUGCAUCCGUUCAUGGCGAGGCACGAGAGGGAAAUUGACAUGAAGCUGGUCGAGUGGGAGGCGAGGGCGUGGGACUUUGCGUCUUUCUACUGGCAAUACACCUCGGAAUUCGCGCAGGUCGCCUUCUCUCGAGCCAUGCAGUACCUGGCCUCACAGUCUAAGAAUUUUAAUUUCAAGGAGGGAAGGAGCCACGGCUCGAUCAACCGUUCGGUGUCGGGGACGACUAAAUCCGAGUCGGGGGAGACGAACCCCGGCUCCAACACGGAGUACGUCUACGUUGAGGACCAGGCCGAGCAACAGGAAGUGCUGGAUCACGGAGGCGCAUCUCUGGAGGAGGACGACAAGCCCCACGCGUCCACCGGCCACCGGCUGAGGCGCUCCCAUCACAACCAACGCGCCGCCGGUCACCACAGCGAUUGAUUAAAAUUUGACAAAAUAUUAAAUCUCUCUCUCUCUCUCUCUCUCUCUCUUUCUCUCUGUUGUGUAUAGCACAAAGUCCAGAUACCUUUAUUUUUUCCGAAAUUGAAUAAAUACGGAGUCUCUUUCCUCCUAA